UAUGGUGACCAUGCCCAAUGAAUUCGUGUGCUUCCUCACAAAGACACGCAAGCACUUAGAGAGAGAGAGAGAGAUUAAUUAUUAAUUAAAAGUUGUUUAAUUAAUAACUAAUCAUGAGUUAUUGCGAUGGAAAAUGGACGCCGAUCAUCAUGAUGAUUGUGAUAAACGCGGCAACCGGUUCGGUUAACGCCAUGGUUAAGAAACUCCUCGACGGUGGUCUUAACCAUAUGGUUAUCGCUACGUACCGUCUCGCUAUUUCUACAGCGUUCUUGAUUCCAAUCGCCUAUUUUUGGGAACGGAAAACACGGCCGAAGCUUACGUUCAGCAUCCUGUGCCAGCUUUUCUUCAGUGCUCUUCUUGGGGCAAGUUUGACGCAGUAUUUCUUCCUGCUCGGCCUCUCGUACACUUCAGCUACGUUAGCAUGUGCUUUUAUGAGCAUGGUUCCCGCAGUUACCUUCAUCAUGGCUCUGAUAUUCAGGAUUGAAAAGCUAAACAUGAAAAGCAAAGCAGGGAUGGCUAUGAUGGUGGGGACUUUGGUAUGUAUAGGAGGAGCUUUGUUUCUCACGAUGUACAAGGGAGUUCCCUUGACAACCCUUCACCACAAACAAGCAGCUGCUUCAUCACCAGUGAACAGCCGUAAACACGAGACGAAACCCGAGAAGUGGAUCAUCGGAUGCGUACUUCUGUUCGCGGGGAGCAGUUUUUUCGGUUCUUGGAUGCUUGUGCAAGCCAAUAUCAACAGGAAAUAUCCCUGCCAGUAUUCAAGCACAGUCAUAUUAUCCUUCUUCGGCACCAUCCAAUGUGCUCUUCUCAGUCUCAUCAAAUCUCGGGAUAUUACAGCUUGGAUCCUCAGAGACAAAUUAGAUGUCAUGACAGUUGUUUAUGCGGGAGUGGUCGGACAAGGAAUCUGUACUGUGGGAAUAUCUUGGUGCAUCAAACAGCGAGGACCUAUCUUUACCUCUAUUUUUACUCCCGUGAUGCUUAUAUUCGCCUCUCUAUUCGAUUUCUCAAUCCUUCACCGCGAUAUUUAUAUCGGAAAUGUUUUGGGAUCUGUGGUCGUAAUAGUCGGCCUUUAUGUAUUCUUGUGGGGUAAAAUCAGGCAAAUGAAUGAGUGUGCAGCGAAGUUACCGUGUCAAUUCGAUGAAGGCGAAGAAGAAGAAGAAUGUAAGAAAGGUCAUCCAGUGGUUGUGCCAGUGACUCCUUAAUGGGGUUAAUAUCGCGACCAAAAGCUUUAUGUUUAUGACAAAAAAUAUUCGAUUAUCAUUACCCAAAUUUUACCUAAAUGCCUCCCUGAUUAUGUUUUGUGUGUGUGUGUGUGUGUAAACCCUAUCUCAUAAUGUUGUAACGAUUAUAUAUCCAUUAUUUCUGUUUUCUAGGCAUUUAUUGUUAAUGUUGUACCCGAAGCAAAGGGCUUUGUAGGCCAUGUAAUAUUGUUUUCCAGAUUCCAGAAAUGAGUGAUUAUAUAUA